UUAUCAAUCGAUCCCCUCCGCCCGACGAUGCCGCCGCGGUUAGGGUUCCUCCCCGGUCGCCUCACCCCCGUCGACGGCGCCGUGCGCCACCACCACGCCCGGUCGCCUCUCGCCUCCUCCGACGCUCCAGCCCCGGAAAUGGCGCCACCACCGCCACCACCAUGUCGACGGUGCAAGUCAAGGUGCGCCAGCAGCCUUGCAACUGGCCCGCUGUUCGGCAUCUACUUCGAGUCUAGUUUUCUUCAUGCGGCGAUCGUCCCAUGCAAUGUGAGGUCAGAAUUUAACAAGCUGACCGGAGACUCUGUGACCUUUGAGGCUCCUGGGGGGCCCCUACACUAUGGAGGUCGAGAAAGUGCGAAAUUUGACGCAGUAGGAGGAGAUGGAUGGGUCCGUUUCAUCGCCCACAUGCGUAUCACCGGUGGUGAGUUGAUCAGCUUCUCCUUCAGAGCAGAAAGACCCAAGCUGGCCGUGAUUUAUGUCAACAAAGCAGAAGAUGAUGAAGAUGAUGAGGAUGAUGACGACCCACUUGGUGAAGCUAUCGUAGCUCAAAGAAUGAGGUUGAGCGAGGAGGAGGUGUGCAACCUAUGGGACAUCAUUCCGCCACGUGCUGACUUCGUCGGGGUGCCAUUCGUGACCCGCCUAACAAGUACCAUGGUUGAUCGGCAUAUCAUGAAAUUGCCAAAGAGCCUAUCUGAGAGUUGUGGUAUCAAACCUAAUGAAGAAGGCUCUGCUAGAAUACGCCUUACCGCGAGGGGCUCCGUCACCACUUGUGCGUACGGCGUGGACACGGACGGUCGCACACACUUCAACUCGGUUGGGUGUAAGAGCUUCCUUGUCGGCAAGAAUCUUCAUGUUGGAUAGGCAAUCCUAAUUACUAUCAGGAACACCCACCGCCCAGGCUUGAGGAUGAUGGUCGUCAUCGAUAUCAUCUAGAACUACAUAUGCAUGUGUGUAGCUGCUGAACCAUAUAUAUACUAGUAUGACUACCUAGUAGACUUAUCAACUAUGAUCUAUCCAUGCAUUGUUGACUAUUAUAUAUGAGUUUGUGAGAUUGUGUGGUUAUAUUAAAUGUGGUAUUGUCGUUAA